AUGGAUCCUGUAUUUGGAUUCAACACUUUGCGGUGGGGAGCGGGGGAGCGGCUGGAGAUCUCGUGGGGGUGGACUUGGGGGAUUGAAACCCCAAGGAAAGUUCUUGGGACAAGCGGGAAAACAAGGAAAAGGAACGAGGAUGGAUCCCACCCUCUUGGGCCACCGCCCGCCAGGAAGCCGCAACAGUUGGGCUUUAGAAUCAGAAAAGCGGCUUCGAGCAGCUGCAACCGCACGGAAAUUCAAGGCGCUAUGGGCACCGGCAGCAGCAGGGAGGGCAGGGCGGGCACCUUCAGCCCGCCGCGGCACUGGCCGAGUCCCGGACUGGGCAGCGCCAGGCACAGCGCCCCCUCUCGGCAGGGCGUGGCGGACGACGAAGAGGCGGCGUACGCCAGGGCUGCGGGCCGGACUCCCCCUCUCCUCCCCUCUCUGCAGCUCGAGCAGCCCGACUCGGACUCGGAGCUCCUGGACCAGGUGCUGGAAGAGUGCGAGGAAAACGUCCCCCGACUCCUGCCCAUCGCCGCGCCCCGGCGGUCUUCGUGCCGCGGCUCCGGAGAUUGCUGCUCCCGCCCGGCAGAGGGCAGCGGUGAGGAGAUCGGGGGGCAGCGAGAAGCGGCGGAGGGUUUCUUAACAAGAUCUACACCAGGGAGCAAUAACUUUGCCAAUCAGUUGCCUCUCAAUAAGCCAGAGAGACAGGCCAAGAUAUCUUACGACUGCUCUGAAGAGGAGCUGAUGGCAACAAUAGAGCAAGAGUACUGUCGCUGAAGCCACUCACAACUAUACCAAUAUGACCAUAAAAUUUACCUAGGGGCUAGGUUAUAAAACUAUAGUGUUUCUAAGAAAAAGUCUACUAGCAUGGCAUGCUGAAAGACAAUCCAGAACCCUGGCCAGAGAGAUACAACUACAGGAAACUCUCUUAUAUGAACAUUUCCUAUGGAGUCAAAUGAGAAUGUUCUUUAUGGAAAAGAAAAUAAUUAUACACAAAUGUUCAUCUUCACCUAAAGCUUGAGGACUGAAGUAGUGAAAGAGCAAUCAUAUGUCCACGUUUUAAUG